AUUCACGUCUGUAAGUCGACCGAGGAGUGGCUCCAAUCACGGGGAAUCUUAUGGAUCGAAUGGCCUGCACACAGUCCCGAUUUGAACCCGAUUGAGCACGUCUGGGCUGCUCUUAAGCGGAAGCUUAGGCAGUUGUUCCCUGAUCUCUGGGAGUUAAAGAGAAACACGCUGGAUAUCAAGUACUUUACCGAGUGUUUGCGGACGGCAUGGUGGGCAGUAGAACAUGAUUGGAUUGACAAGCUGAUCGACGGCAUGCCACGCCGCUUGGUCGCCGUGAAGAAGGCUAGGGGCUGGUACACAAAAUAUUAAAGCCCUGCACUUGGCCAUCACUCAGAUACUAUCAGUUUGCGCUGUGAUUUGGUUG